AUUUAAAUAGUGGAGUAGGGAGAUUUUGGGGGGGAGUGUAGUUUUAGAUGGUAGGGUAUUUGUUUAUUUAUUUUUUCAAGCAAUGUAUAAGGGAGUUGUACUCCAGUCUAGAAGGUGGCGGUAAUGCAACAUUUAUUGGAUGCCAACCGCCGUUAAACCUCAUCGAAGAAGAAGUCGAAACGCUUUUCACAUACUCAGAUUGUCCCUCUCUUCGUGCAGUAGAAACUACGGUCGUGUAUCAUGCUACUUUUUCACAACAAACAUUCGGAAAAAGAAAUAGCUAUGAAUAGGGAAUUGUUUUAAACAUAUUCAAGUGUAUUAGUUAUUAUUGACGAAAAGGUAAUUUGAGCUGUUAUGAUUUGUCCUGGAUAACGCAAAAAAACCGUGUCAACAAUCUAGCCAACUUCAUAGCCUCCCUCGACAGUCUGCACUACUACUGCAGCUAGCUAAAUGUACUUUCCUGGGAGUGUUAAGCUUUCAUAUAUAAAGACAUUGGUUAAGAUAUCUAGCUAGCUAUUAAUAAAGUAAUUUAUAUCAAUCGAUGUUAGUAUUUAUCUAGCUAACUAGCAACUCACCAGAAGACAUCCCAAAGAUUCGUAUGAGAUAAGUCUUCAUCCCUUCUCAAGAUGUUUGCAGAGCUCAACAGUAUUCUCAAUACUAGUCCCGACAGCUUCAAGCCGGGAGAGUUUAUUUUAGUGUCUGACAAACAUACAGACGCGUCCUUCCUCAUUCACCAUUUCCUCUCAUUUUAUUUACGAGCGGGCUGUAAGGUGUGUUUCCUGGGUCUUGUGCAGUCCUUCAGUCACUACAGUGCAAUCAGUCAACGGUUGGGUGUGAGUUUGACCCAGGCAAGGGAGAAAGGGCAGCUGGUGUUCUUAGAGGGACUAAAGGAAUCGUUGGGGGUACUGCUUCAGGGGGAGGCCAGCAAAGGAACCCGGACAAUGGACUUCCUCAGAGAUCCCAGUUCUGGCCUGCGGGGUCUAUAUGACUUUGUGCGGGACAAUGUAAGGGGGGCAGUGGGUGGAGGUGAGGAGUGGGGUACCCCUGUGCUCCUGGUGGAUGACCUCAGUGUGGUCCUGAGUCUGGGGGUCAGUGUUGGGGCAGCGCUGGACUUCAGUCAUUACUGCAGAGCCACUGUCUGCUCUGAGCUGCAGGGCAGCAUGGUGAUGUUGGUGCGAUGUGAGGCAGAAGAUGAAGAGGAGGAGAGUGAUGACGAAGGCUCAGAUCGGCUCCUGAGGGGCCUUAUACACCAGUGCAGCCUCACACUCCAAGUACAGGGUCUUCCCACCGGCUACUGCAGGGACAUCCACGGACAAGUGGAAGUGUGCUGGCGAGGACAAUGUGACAGGCAGCAGACCCAGAAGAAACUCUUCCAGUACAAGGUCCAUGACAAGGGGGCUUCCUUUUUCGCCAGGGGGAUGUCCAGUGCAGUCCUUUAAGCCCUCAAUGGAUCCCUUCUACCUCCCUUCCCAGUGUUGAUCCCCAUUUCCUCACCUCUCAGUCGCAUGGCUCUCUGGGCUCAACCAUAGAGAAUGAUAGAGGCCUCUAGUGGCCAAAAGGCUAUAUUAGCAUGUGCAGCUAUUAGGCCUCCGCCAUUUUAAAGUAGUCAACCUCAUAGAACUUCAUUGGCUGAUGAAGGUGACUCUGUUGGAAUCAUGUCCAACUGGGUCAUCAGAAGGGAUCAGUCAAUUGUGAAGAAGAAAAUGGACUACUUCAAAAUGGAGAUGCCUCAAUGGAGCUGCCUAUGCCAGGGGUGUCAAACUCAUUCCACGGAGGGCCUAGUGUCUGCAGGUUUUUGGUUUUUCCUUUCAAUAAAGCCCUAGACAACCAGGUGUGGGGAGUUCCUAACUAAUUAGUGAUGUUAAUUCAUCAAUCAAGUACAAGGGAGAAGCGAAAACCCGCAGACACUCGGCCCUCCGUGGAAUGAGUUUGACACCUGUGGCCUAUGCUGUCAUAUAUGUAAUGGCACAGCUACAAAGAUGGCCAUGAUCAUGAAACAGGUCGAGAUCAGUUUUGAACUGGAGAUGUUUUAUUGAAUUGAACAUUGGAUUUCCGCUUUAAAACCAACCCAGCACAUGCAUUGCAAAGCUGACAUAGGAAGCCUGGGUAAAUAGGUAAUUUCUCAAGCGACAUGGGAACUGACCUGACUAGGUUGCACUUGUGUUAUACAAAACAAAAACAAUAAACGGCACAUUUAA